CAUUUGGGGGAUUUGUACUGUCCUGACAUUUGGGGGGAUAUCUGUACUGUCCUGACAUUUGGGGGAUAUCUGUACUGUCCUGACAUUUGGGGGAUAUCUGUACUGUCCUGACAUUUGGGGGAUAUCUGUCCCGUCCUGACAUUUGGGGGAUAUCUGUACUGUUCUGACAUUUGGGGGGGAUUUGUACUGUCCUGACAUUUGGGGG